AUGGGAAGGUCGAGAUUCCCAGGUAAACCACUUAAAUUUCAAAACAGAAAACGCAUUAGUGUGUUAUCGGGAACUGUUUACCAUGAAACCGCUCCAGAGAAUCACCCGCCAGCGCGCGGCGCUACAGCUAGUGAUUUUACUGGGGACCAAGAGGAAGAAGAAAAGAAAGAAAAUAACAAUGAAAAUGAGACAGAUGAGUCCAACGUAAACAAAGUGACUGAUGCCACAAAGAAUAAACAAGAAAAUCCAGUUAAAAACACCAGUGACUCGUCUAAAUCACCUGUUCGAACUCGGUCACAGAAUAAAAUGGACCCAAUUAAAGGUGAAAAGCCUAAACCUGUCAAGAAAACAGUCACUUUUGGUACUGUUGAAAGUUGUGAAGAUAUAUUUUUUCCACUAAAGAAAGUCCCGAUAAAACAUCAUGCUCCUCUUGUGCCUAUCAUUAAGAAGAAGUCAUCACUUAAACAAACAGAAUACUCAACAUUUAAUAGUAUUCUAAAACCUGCUAAAUUAACAGAUUUAAGUUCAAAAUCCAGUUCAGAACAUCAAGAAGGAUACUUGAGAAAAAAUUUGAAUCCUUUAUCAAAGCCCAUGAACAAAUUUUCACAGUUUAGUGAAAGCCGGUGUAUGUCCCCACCUCCUAGAAACCCAUCUCCAGUAGACAAAGAAAGUGGUAGUUCUACAAAGUUUGUUUUGCCUAUGAGGAGUGCACACUCAUCAAGAGUUAUAAAACCUAAUAAGAAAUUUAUUGAUGGGGAGGAGCAGACAGCUGCAAGCAGUAGUAUGACUACAAGCAAAGUUCUGAAGAAACCAAAGUUGAAAAGAUUAGUAUUUAAUAACUUACCUAAUGAUGAUGACACCCCUGAUGAAGAUGAUCAGGAGAAAACAAAUAAAAUUGAAAAAGUUAAAGAGAAUGCUCCAUUGCAAUCAUUGAAAACCUCCAACCUAUUUAAAGAUAAAACUACAAAUUCAUUUUCAAGCCUCAGUGUUGGUUCUAGAAAGCUGCAUGAUAUAUUUUCCUAUGAGAAAGAACCAAUACAGGAUGAGAAUUCUAAUUUAGAGGCUAUUGAAAAGGUAAAAACAUCAGAGACUCCCAAGGAAGACAGAAUGGGGCAUGCAAUGCGUAAGCUAAUGGACAUAUCAGAUGCAAGUAGCUCGAGCAGUACAAGCAGUGGCUCUGGUUCUGAGGAUAGUUGGGAUAGUGCAAGUCCGGGUGGCAGUGGAGAUGAGGAAGAAAAACCACCACCUGCUAGUCCUGAAAAGGAGAAGUCAUCGGCAUCACAACUUCUUAGAGGAAAAAUUAUUCUGAGAGAAGCAAGACUGCAGCUAAACCCUCCUACACAGUCAGCAUCAGCAUUAGAUGGUCCUUUUUCAACUCAUCCACAGUCAUCCUCUCCAAAUCCUCCAACAACGGUAACUUGUGGUGUAUGUGGUGCAGUAAGGUUCUAUAGAUUUGUAAAACAAGCUAGAAAGUUUGGGAUAUUUUCAUGUGAAUCUUGUCGCAAAUUCAUAUCCAAAAUGUUGAAAAAGGAAAAACUAUCUCACAAGACUGGAACCAUAGUGAUGCAGUGUCUGAAGGGUGAAGGUAAUUGUCAUGUUCCACCAAUAGUGCGUUCACAACAGUGGAAACUGUUACGGUGUACAAAUAAGGCACGAUGCCCUGCCUGCUGGCUCAAGAUGUGUUUGAAAGCCUUUCAGGUACCACCUAACAUUCGGGCAGGCCUUACUGCAAUGUUACCACCAUUUAUGAGAUCAGGAGCAAAAACAUCCAGUGCCCUAACACAGGUGAAUCCUCUACGUAUAUCAACAACCAACACCACUAUACCACAACCAGUGUUUGCUAUUACAAAUGGUGAAAAUGAUAAUAAAAUCUUUGGUGUCAAACCAAACACUAAGAAAACUGAAGAAGUUGAGAAAGUAGAGGAUAAGGCACCGAAGGAACGUCCAGCUACAACUGAAUCAAAUGAAGAGUUUAACGCAAGCAGGAAGCGGCAAUUGACAAGGAUAAAAGUUAGGAAAAAAGAUAAGGAUGAUGCUAAACAAGCUGAGGAUGCUAAAAGGCAAAAGAUGGAACUCAAAGGCCCUAGAGUUAAACAUGUAUGCCGAAGUGCAUCCAUUGUUUUGGGUCAACCAAUUGCUACAUUCCCUACACAAGAUGAAAAAGAGAAACAGGAUAAGAACAUGCAACUAGAGGAUGACAUUACUUUGUCUAUAGUGGAAAAGGAUAGAGAUACACCUGACCUGUCUAGUUGUGAAUCUGAACUUGAUUCUGAGAAUAAAGCUCCACCUUUGCUGUCUGAUAACAUAGUCUCUAAAGACAUUGAUGUUGAUGUACAGGUGGAAAGUAAAAAACGUAAAUUGGACCAGCUAAUACCUGUAAAAACCCAGAACAAGGCUGAGUCCAGUGAGGAUGAAAUUGUUAUGGAUCUUGUUCCUAGGAAGACAGUUGCAAAACCCCUUUCUAACAUUACAAAUGUCCGAAGUCGUUCCCAGAAAUGUGGUCAAAAUAGGCCUGAACUCAUAUGUGUAGAUUUUUGGGAGAGCUACGAUCCUGAUGAAGUCUGCAGUACCGGCUUUGGAUUAAUAGGAACUGGAUCCUUCACUGUGGCCAGAUUAUGUUUUCUCUGUGGCAGUGCUGGCAAAGAGAAGAUGCUGGUUUGUACCUCGUGUUGCGAGUGGUACCACAGUUGGUGCGCGGAGGAGGCGGCGGGCGGCGGCGGCUGGACGUGCGCGCGCUGCGUGUCGUGUGCGGCGUGCGCCCGCGGCGCUGCCCGGCUCCGCUGCCGCGCCUGCGCACGCCAUUACCACGCAGCCUGCCUGCCAGCUGCCCCGCCGGAUCACCGUAGCGAUUGGCCACAGAUUUGUAGUGCCUGUCUAAAAUGCAAGAGCUGUGACAGUAGCCGAGUCAGCAAGUUUGUCGGUAGCCUACCGUUCUGUGGGCCUUGCUUCAAACUGCGGCAAAAAGGCAAUUAUUGUCCUCUCUGCCAGGCUUGCUACAGGGACAAUGAUUUCGAUAGCAAGAUGAUGGAGUGCGGUUGUUGCGGCAGAUGGGUGCACGCCAGUUGUGAAGGACUCAGUGGCGAAGGAUACCAGCUCCUGUCAGCAUUACCGCCGUCAAUCGAAUACAUAUGCUGCAAAUGCAUGCCUAACGAUCCUCCAUGGAGAAAGAUGCUCACAGAACAUCUGAAAGGUCGGCUGCUUCAUCUGUUAAAAUUACUUGCUAAAAACAAAAAAGCUUGUGCAUUACUAAAACUGACCCCACACAAGAAUACCCCAGUACCAAAUAAACCAUAUCGUUUGCUGUCGCCUCAAGCUAUAAGAAAGUUACACUUUGAUGUUGUGGAUGUGUCCAUGAAGACAUCAGAAACCAAAGUUUAUAGAAACACUGCUAGAGGCAGGCGGAAUAAUCAUUUCUCCCAGAACAAAUUUGAUGAAUCCACUUCCCCACAUGUGUGGCAGUCAUCCUUGAUACAAGAUGUAAAUAUAGAGAAAGAGGAUAUUCCACCCACAACCCAUAAAGUGGUUAAUCUACAAGAACCAUUAAUGCAAAAUAAAGAAAUAUGUUUUUCAACUGGCCUGUGUGGGACCAAGACAGAAUUCGAAUCAUCAUGUGUUGAGGUUCAUGAGAACUAUCCACCGCAAUCAAAAACAGAAAAAGCAAUGGCAAUGUUACCUACAACUGUACAUGAUGACAAAUAUGAAGCAAUAUCUGAUGAUGAUGAACCUAUGAAGAGCUUUCCACAAGCUCGAAGUGAGCAAGAUAUUAGCCACAUUGUUAUAAGAUCUUCACCAGAUGUUGACAACAGCGAUGACUUAGAUAGGGUGAUAUCUCCAUCACUCCUUGAUAUCAAAAAAAGAGUUAACAGUGACGGCUAUGUUUCCCUGAAAGAUUUUAAUCAUGAUAUGAAAGAUGUUAUCCAAAGGACAACAAAUGAUGACCUUAGUUCAAUUUACAAGGACUUAUUCUCUGAGACUUUCCCUUGGUUUGACUGUGAAAACAAUUGCCUUCAACCUAACUUGGAAGUUGAGGGUGAGCAUGAGGAUGCCGAAUCAAUGAAAGAUAUUGAUAUUUCAGAUAAAGUAAAAACUAAUGAACAAUCUAUUGAGCGUCCAAUGGAUCAAGUAGUACCUAAACUUGAGGUAGAUGGAGACAGAUUUGAAGAGGAUCUUUUAGAGGUUUAUCCAGUAGUAGAUUCUAGAGUAUGUGUACUCUGUAAAGCUACUGGCGAUGGUUUACCAUCUAUGGAAGGUAGAUUACUUUAUUGUGGUCAAAAUGAUUGGAUACAUUCCAACUGUGCACUAUGGUCUGCUGAAGUAUUUGAAGAAAUUGAUGGAUCUCUCCAAAAUGUACAUUCUGCAAUAUCAAGAGGGAAAAUGAUUAAGUGUGCUGCUUGUGAAGUUAAAGGUGCUAGUGUUGGUUGCUGUGCUAAAAACUGUAGUGAAACCUAUCAUUAUGCCUGUGCAAGGAAAGAAACUUGUGCUUUCAUGGAUGAUAAGAGAGUGUUUUGCCCGUCUCAUGGUAAAGAUGUCCCUAAAAAGAGUUUACAGAAAGAUGCUGACUUUGAACUCACUAGGCCAGUAUAUGUAGAACUUGAUAAGAAGAAAAAAAGAUACAGUGAAAUAACCAAAGUACAAUUUAUACUAGGCUCACUAGCUGUCCAUAGUCUUGGUAAAAUAGUGCCUUCAGUGUCAGAUUACGAAGAGUUUCUAAUGCCAGUGGACUUUUCAUGCACUCGCCUAUUUUGGUCGUGUAAAAAACCUUCCAAAAUUGUAAGAUAUACCAUUAAAACAAAGCUUAUACUGGCUGAACCUUUACCAGGUUUUGACUAUGGUGUGAACAUUACAGUUGACCAUACAAUGGACGUUCAUGUUGUAGAAAGAGUAAUGGCUGAAAUCGGAGCAUGGCAUGAAAGUGUUCAAACAGGAUCAAGCAAAACUGUAUUGAUGCUCAAAAGUGAUAAAUCACCUAUCAAGUUUGGAAAUGUGACAUUAGAAGAUCUAGCUGUAAAGCAAGUUGUGGAGCAGUUACUAGAUAAUGUGUGCAAACAAGAACAGCAAGAUGAUGAAGAACCUCAAAAUACUGCAGAUCUAUUACCACCUGAAGUGAAAGAUGCAAUAUUCGAAGAUCUCAAUCAUGAUCUUUUGGAUGGAAUAUCAAUGCAAGAUAUAUUCCAGGACCUGAAAAAUGAGUUUUACUGUGCGAUGGGCCAAUCAGAUGAUAAAAGUAAUGAUAAGUCUGAUUUUCGAUCAACAGAUUUUAUAGAUGAGUUACUAAAUUCAAGGUUUGAAACUGGCAGUAAAGAGUUAAAACGAAGUAAAUCUGAAAUGCUUCUUCAAAGCCAUAAUUUCAAGACCUUAACCACUGGAAGAGGGCAACAAAGGUCAAGUAGUUGGAAUAACAAAUUUGAUACGAGUUUAUUAUCUUCUACAAUCAAAAGAUGCAAAAUAGGGAAAACAUCUACUGUUACUGGCAAACUGAGUCCUAUCCAGAGAGUAACACUGACAGAAAAUAUAAUAGAAACUAGCAAGGAGUCCAAUAACACUUCAGACAAGAAAGUAAAAGUUGAGACUUGCACUAGUGGCGCUAUUUGCGAUGAAGCUCCUCACACUUCUGGCAUGAACUAUCGGACAACAUCACCUAACAAAUCAGGUGAUACAAGUAACACCAAAACAGAUAAAAAUGAUGGCUAUUACACUGAUGUCAUCGAUUUCUAUACAAAAAUUCAGUGCAGUCCUAUUUCACAACUUGAUGGUGCUGCAGAUUGGUCAGGCUCUGAAAGUAACUGCAGCUCACGACCUGGUAGUCCCCACGACAGCGAUAACGACUUUUCACCAAUACAACAAUUAGAUGGUGCCGAAGAUAAUUAUCUUGGAAACGAUAAUGCACCACGAGGUCAAACAAACCAAUUUUUAUACAGAGCGAGUGGAACUGAGAGUUACACUGUAACCUUUGCUGGCAACUCGAUCAGUGGACAACCAGAGCUUGUGAUGAGACCCUUAGAUGACGGUUCUAGCUCUUCCAAUCAAAUGGAGCAACCUGUAAGAUGUGACAGAUGCCAAUGUACAUAUAGAAACAAAGAAUCAUAUGAUAGGCAUGUACCUUCUUGUGAUAUGAUGUCAACAAGUGAAAGCGAAAGUGAGAAUCCAAAAUCCCCGGAAAAUAGAACCCUGGCGACGUUACAGAAUGCUUUCCAAGGAGCAUUCGCUCAACCGAUGAUUAUUCACGCGGGUGUCGUUAGUGGCACUGAGAAUACAGUAAAAGCUGAAGGUAUUGCGGCUAGGAGAACGUCAAUUAACACGAGACAAAUUACUAUAAAUGGCACUAUAGUUGAGACACCAUCGCCAGGUCCUUCAAAUGAAAUGACUAUGACCAUUACUGAGCAAUUAAAGUCAGGCACUGUAAUUUUCGACCAAAGUAAAACGACAAAUGUUCAAGUUUCUUCUAAUCAGCAAGUGCUGUCAUCACCACAAAUUGUUGUGACACCACAAAUGCUAUUACCACCGAAAACGAGCUCUGCCGGUGGGCAAAAAAUCAUGGCUCCCCAGUUAAUAACGCAACCCAGUAUUCUGCCCUAUAACAUCUGUGUCAAGCCAGGUAAUGGUGGCACAAAUAUACAACAGAUCCAAGGAAAUGCAGAUAUGACCCAAUUGCUUUCUGGUUCUGGUGGUAUUCAAGUGAUAUCCUCAAACUCUAACCAAGUAUUAACAAUACCUUCUAAUCAACAAGGAAAUCUUACACCAAUCAUCCAAGGAAAGAAUCAAGUUGCGAACUUCCCUAAUAUGGCAAGUGCAUCAUCAAUUGCAUUGCCUGUGAAUUCAAUACAGGGUAUGCCGAAUACUUCAAUAAUUCACAACAUCCAGCCAAUGAUGCGUCCCCAAAUUCAGGGCAAUCCCACUAUAGUUGUACCUGCAAUGACAGCUCAAAGAUUACAGUCGCCUAGCCCACAAAAUAAGCAACAGCUGAUACUACCAGGGGCGCCGCAAAAGUCGCCUAAGAAGCAACCUGCAUCAGUUCAACCUAAACCAAUAUUCCAAGCUACUAACCGAGGCAGAGGACGACCUAUGCCCAAACCUACCACUAUAAAGACGAGACAAACUAAGCUGGAGAAAACAUUCACUACCAUCAAUCAGUCCCCAUUAGGACCUGGAAAUACUGUUAUACAACUGCAAACAAACAACCAGACAGGGCAACCAUCAAUAAUAGUCCAACCAGUGGCAAAUCAAAACAUAAUGUCUGCAUAUGUAGAAGCUUUGUCCCAACAGCAGAACCAAAACAUGCAAUACAUUGCUACUAUUGCGCCACAAGGAGAUUUUAAGACAGGACCGACGCAGUUUAUAUCUCAAAGUGGAAUCAUGCCACAGACAUUCCAAAUUCAGCAGACAGAAUCAGGUGGUCUGGUUGCAGUACCUAGCGGUGGAAUCCCAGUUCUAUUGCAACAAGGAAAUAUGGGAAUAUUGCCUCAAGCAAUACAACAAGGAGCAACUAUAUUACCACAAGGUGCCAUACAGACACAAGGAAUUAUUUCUCAAGGUCCUAAUGGCCCUACGAUAUUACCUCAGGCAAUACACACGCAAAAUGGAACCACCAUAAUUCCUCAAGGUACAAUUCAAGGAUUGGGUCCAGGGAACAUUACAUCGCAAACUGCCACACUUCUGCCUAAUAACACGUUACAAACAGCUGGAGCGACAGUUGUACCACAAAGUGGAAUCGGCAACGGUCAGACAACUAUUAUACCAAAUGCCGCCUUACAACCACAAGGCAAUACACUUAUUUCAUCUGCUCCUGGUGCUACAAUUCUACCACAAGGUACAUUAUUGCCCCAAUUUUGUAAUGAUCAAGUUUUACUUGGCUCAACACCUACUCUAGAAAUGGUAACUGAUCCAUCUGGUUGCAUGUACUUGACGACGACACAACCCGUUUACUAUGGCUUGGAGACUAUAGUUCAAAAUACUGUGAUGUCUUCUCAGCAGUUUGUAUCUACUGCUAUGCCAGGAGUACUUGCGCAGAAUAGUAGCUUUUCUGCUACAACAACUCAGGUAUUCCAAGCAAGUAAAAUAGAACCAAUAGUAGAAGUGCCUACAGGAUAUGUAGUUGUCAAUAACGUGGGUGAGACUGUUGCUGUAUCUUCUACACCUAACAUGGUUAAUUCUCAAACAGUACAGUCGUCACCACAGUCGCUCAAGAACGUGAAAACAUCUGUUCCUAAUUUGACAUUACAACCGCUGCCUGAUAAAUCCUCUCCUAAUAUUAAUACGAACAGACAGACACCAAAGGUGAUUCAAAUGGGUACGUCAUUAGCUGUGGGAUCACAACCUGCUACUAUUAUUACUGGCAGACAGACAAUAAAUCCUAUCACUUCUCAAAUUCAUGGUAUGACGAUUUCCAGCACAUCACAAAACUUGCAAAGAAACAAUAUGCCGAAACCAAGCCAUGUAUCAUUGUCUCCAAAUGUAACCCUUGUAUCGUCGACGGGGCAACCAGUAAUGGCCAUUUCGCAGUCCGUACCAAAUUCAGCAACAUCAUUCUCGAUGCAAUCAAUACCUCUAUCACAACCAAUUGUCUCCAGUUCUAUUGCUCCAUCCACAUCAAAGAGUAACCUCAAAAUAGAAAAUUCCCAUGUCAUCGAAAUCAGUGGUAACUUGCAAGAUAACUCAAACUCUGCAAAUAUACCUACUAUAAGCGUUACUCAGAGUAUUAAAUCGCCUACUCCCUGGAGGCAAAUGAGUACCCCCACAAAUCCCGGUAUGAUGGAUAGUAAAUUGGAUCUUCAAAAUAUGACAGUGAAACAGACUAAUAUGAAUACGUCGUUAAUGAACAUUCAAAGCAACGCGUCAAUGAAUAUCACGGGAAGGUCACAUCCCAAUAGCGACCAUGAUAAAGUCAAUCAAAACUGUUUAAUACAAAUGCCCAGUAACUCUAUGUCUACGAUGAAUAUGCAUUCUCAUCAGUUCGAGCAAAGUCUAAAUGUCAGCCAUCAUUCAUCAACGCAUUCGACAUCCAAUAACGUAAUUCAAAUUACUGCUGGAAACAUUUACCCGCCUACGUCAGUAAUAAACAGCAAUUUUGACUCUGAUACGUCUUUAAAGCUUAGCAAAAUAAACGCUCUCUCAAAAACGGAAGGUGGCCAUCUAAAUUUCUCGCAAGAAAUAAUGGCUUCUCACUCACAGCAGCUCGCUAAGAAUGAUAACUCAUUCCAAAAUAUGGGAACCUCAGACAACAAACAUACUACGGAUAGUUUAUCUAAUCAGAUGAACAGUCACAAAAUGAGUAAUUGCCAGAUGAGUGGUAACAUUAGUAACUCUCCUGCUAUUAGUAUUAUACCUCAUAAUGUAAUGCGUCCACAAAUGCAGAAUAAUCAAAACACGAUUUCAGUACCCAAUAAUCAAAAUCAAAUGUGCUCGAUGCCUAACAAUACCUCGCAUGGUCAAGUGCAGGUAUUAAAUUCUGGAAAUAACUCAAUGCAGAAUAUGAACAUGUCUUGUCAAGAAAACGCAAAUAAUAGGAUGAAUAUCACAGUUUCUGGUGAUAAUAAUAUGCAGAACCAACAACAUGAUAUGACCAGUUCUAUGAAUACAUCAAGUAUGUCCCAUACAAGUAACAUUCAGAUGAUGGCGCAUGAGAGUAAUCAACUAUCAACACCCAAUCAAAUCCAUAUAAUGAAUGGUCAGAUCCAGCACAAUCGACAAGUGGAUAAUAAUCAAUUACAGCAGUUAAACCAAUCUAGUUCGAACCGAUCUUUCCAUGAAAAUAUGAUGAAUUCGCAACAAAACCAUAAUCAACAAAAUAUGUUAUCCAACAGAAAUACACCAGACGGUAACAACAUCAUGAAUCAGUCAAUGAAUAUGCAUAAUUUAACAUCAAACAAUCACAACAUGAAUCGGUCUGACUUAAACGAUCUGAAUCACAUGCAUAUGCAACAACCAAUGACAAAUAUGAACAUGCAAAACAACCGAAUGAUGAUGGAGGCCAUGCAAUCACACAGCAUGAGUAAUAUGAAUCACUCUAUGCAUUCUAAUAGGGCUAUGGAUAAUAUGCAUAAUCCACAGAUGCACACCAUGCAACAAAUGAAUCACCAUAUCAAUAAUAACACAAGACAGAUGGACAAUAGCAUGCAUGUUAACCAACAAAUAUCGAUGCAACAAAAUAGGCAGAUGGAGAAUGUUGGUCUUCAUCAUCAACAUCAAAUGCCCAAUGUUAUGCAGAUCCAGAACAAUAGAACGCAUGUUGAAAAUAACAUAAUGAAUAUGCAUCAACAUGUCCCUAAUCAAAUGCACAAUAGACAACAGAUGGAUAAUAGCAUGCAUAUGCAUCAUAUGUCAGGAAACGCCCCUAAUAUUAAUUUAGGUAACCAGAUGGACAAUUCAAACAUGCACGGGAAUAGAUAUGACAGCAAUUCAAUUACGAUGCAAAACAUUAACACAUUAAAUCAACUUCAGAAUACCAGAAACUCAAUGGAACAUUCUUCUAUGAUGCAGCACCAAAUGAAUUCAAUGAAUAAUAUGAAUAUGCACAGUAAUCUAAACAGUACUAUGCAAAUCGUUAAUAACAACCACCAAUCUAUGAACAACGCGAUGAUGCAACACAUGCCUAACAUUCCGGAUAUCAAAAAUGAUAUUCAGAGUUCCUGCAGUGGUAGCUGCUCUAAUAACAGCACUCAGUUCUCUAGUAAUCAGAAUACCAUGGAGAUAUGCUCGAAUAUGAAUACCAAUAACAUGAAUAUGGGUACAGGCAACAUGAUGCAUGGAAUGAACGUAAAUAAUUCGAGCAUAUCAAAUAAUAUGAUGUUAAAUGCUGUUAAUAAUACUAAUAUGUACGGAGCAAGCACGCAAAAUAAUAUGACGGGACACGAUAUGUUGAUGAGUUGCGCAAAUACAACUGAUCACAAUGUAAACAAUCUUAUGACAGGGGCAAACAAUCACAUGAUGCUUAAUACAUCACAAACACACUCUACCAGCAAUCAGAAUCAAAUGAUCAACAGUCAAGUAUCUAAUAACCAACAAAUUAAUAUGAAUAGUUGUAGCAUGAACAGUAAUAGUGCAUCACAAAAUCAAACUAUAACUAAUAUGGACAAUCAAAUGAAUAGGAAUACAAUGCCUGUGCCAGAAACCUCUAAGUUUUCCCAGGAUACAUUACGGGGCAAGAAUCUUAUGGGUCCUCCAUCUAAUUCUAAUAUACCAAUGGCGAAUAUUCCUAAUAGCAAAGAUUGUAAAGUCAAUAUGGUGGGUAAUGAUAAACAAAACCAUACUAUAUCAGUUAGUAAUCAAAUAGGAUAUAUGCAAAUGAAUCCACCUAAUAAUAAUAGAGUUAUCAAUUUACCAGAAAGAAGUCGAAUGAAUAAUCCUACUUUAGAUAAUAAUAUAAACCAACACGUACCUCAGCAACACAAUAUCCGCGUGGUGACAAAUAAUACCAGCAACAAUGUUGCUGGUAUCACAACAGAUCCUUUGGCGUUCCAACAAAAUAACGACCAGAGUAGUACUAUGAUAAAUGUACCCUUCCAGGCAAUACCAAACAGUGCUCCAAUGAAUAUAAAUGUAAACUCGAGCAAUAAUACUGUAAACAUCACAGUGCAAAACAAUCUAGUUGAUCCAAAAAUCGCUUCAAAAGCCGCAGCUGAUAUAAGCUUCCCUCUUCAAGCAAACGCCAAUAUGAUUCAAAAUCAGAGUAAUUCUAAUAACAUGAUGUGCAUACCUGUACCCAGCAAUACUAUUAAUCUACCAACGCAAAACAAUUCCAGCAUAACAUUACCUAAAGCUCCGCCUACGCAACAAACAGGCAUUCCUACUAACGUCGUCAAUCCGAUGUCGAUGAGACCUAUGAACAGAGUACUGCCAUUACAUAGAGAUGGCCAGAAUAAAUCAUCAAAGACUACUAAAACAGCAGCCGCACCAAAACAGAGACCUGCAGUGAGUCACGACAUGCCUGACUUGAACAUUAAAGAUGAAAACAUUGAUAGUGAUCUAGAAAAAGCUAUUGAGGAAUCGAAGCGUAUGAUGGAAUUAGAAACUGCUAAGAAGGAAAAAGAAGAACGCGACGCAGCUCAGGCUAUGCAACUUUCGGCCGAAAUGCACCGAACUAACGCGAGCACGGCAACCCCAACGGAAACAAGAAUCAGUACGUCUACUGAAACUACAUCAAAAAUGUCUUUACCCAGCUUAGAUACUGAAAUGAUAGACGUCGAACCACCUAAAGUAUUGACAGAGAAAGAUACAAAUAGAGCUCCAGUUCCAAACAAAAUACAGAGUGCUCCUACAAAAGUGGCGAAGAGACCAUUAGGAGACAAAAAAUCAGAGACAGAGCCAGUUGUGACAAAAAAGCAAACCAAAGCUUCGAAGGAAAACAAGCAUUCAGCACCGAAACCUGCGCCCGAGCCAUCUAAAGACGACGGUCCUAAGCUCAUAUACGAAGUAACAUCCGAAGAUGGCUUCAACUAUACUUCAUCCUCACUAGCAGAUCUUUGGUCGAAAGUUGUCGAAGCUGUGCAGAACGCAAGAAAACAAGCGGGUUUACCACUCAUUCAGUAUAACUUACCGGCAAGUUUAUCUGGAGCUCAUAUUUUGGGGUUGAACAACAAUGCACUGCGAUACCUCAUUGAACAACUACCUGGGGCUAGCCGUUGCACCAAAUACAAGACGCGUCAAGGCCGUCAAUUGAGCAGCUGGGACAACGACUUGGACUUGAGUGAGGGUUUCAAAGAGAGUCCUUGGGGCAGUGCUCGCACCGGCCCUGUAGCAAGAAAACAAAAUCACGACAUGUUUAGCUGGAUGGCUUCACCUUUCAGAGAAGAGCCACCACCAUUUGGUGGGCAAGAAGGCGAGAGCUCAGUCUCAAGGCGAUUAGCAACUUUGCCACCAGCAAUGAGAUUUAGGCAGCUAAAAGAGACAUCUAAAGCAUCUGUGGGUGUAUAUAGAUCACACAUUCACGGACGUGGCCUGUUUUGUAAACGAGACAUUGAAGAAGGUGACAUGGUAAUAGAAUACGCUGGCGAGGUGAUCCGCGCGGUGUUAGCCGACCAACGCGAGAAGCGAUACGAAGCGAUGAGCGGACGACGCGGCGUUGGUGGUUGCUACAUGUUCCGAAUAGAUGACAACCUCGUCGUCGACGCCACGCUCAAGGGGAACGCUGCCAGGUUCAUUAACCAUUCCUGUGAUCCCAACUGCUACUCGCGUGUGGUUGACAUCCACGGCCAUAAGCAUAUACUAAUCUUCGCCCUUCGACGUAUCACCAUAGGCGAAGAGCUGACUUACGACUACAAGUUCCCAUUUGAAGAAAUCAAAAUACCAUGUACAUGCGGUGCCAAAAAAUGCCGCAAAUACCUCAACUGA